AGGAGCAGGAGCAGGAGGAGGAGCAGCAACCGCGCGCGCGGGAGCCGGCCGGGAGCUGCGCGCCCGGCGCGGGUGAAGCGAUGCCGGCGGCGGCGGGGGACGGGCUCCUGGGCGAGCCGGCGGCGCCCGGCGGUGGCGGCGGCGCCGAGGACGCGGCCCGGCCGGCGGCGGCCUGCGAGGGAAGUUUCCUGCCCGCCUGGGUGAGCGGCGUGCCCCGCGAGCGGCUGCGGGACUUCCAGCACCACAAGCGCGUGGGCAACUACCUGAUCGGCAGCCGCAAGCUGGGCGAGGGCUCCUUCGCCAAGGUGCGCGAGGGGCUGCACGUGCUCACCGGAGAGAAGGUGGCCAUAAAAGUCAUCGAUAAGAAGAGAGCCAAAAAGGACACCUAUGUCACCAAAAACCUCCGCCGGGAGGGCCAGAUCCAGCAGAUGAUCCGCCACCCCAACAUCACACAGCUCCUGGACAUUCUGGAGACAGAAAACAGCUAUUACCUGGUCAUGGAGCUGUGCCCGGGCGGCAACCUCAUGCACAAGAUCUAUGAGAAGAAGAGGCUGGAGGAGGCGGAAGCCCGCAGGUACAUCCGGCAGCUCAUCUCGGCCGUGGAGCACCUGCACCGGGCCGGGGUUGUCCACAGAGACUUGAAGAUAGAAAAUUUGCUGCUAGAUGAAGACAACAAUAUCAAGCUGAUUGACUUUGGUUUGAGCAACUGUGCGGGGAUCCUAGGGCACUCGGACCCGUUCAGCACGCAGUGUGGCAGCCCGGCCUAUGCUGCCCCGGAACUCCUGGCCAGGAAAAAAUACGGCCCGAAAAUCGACGUCUGGUCCAUAGGCGUGAACAUGUAUGCCAUGCUGACGGGGACCCUGCCUUUCACCGUGGAGCCUUUCAGCCUGAGGGCUUUGUAUCAGAAGAUGGUGGACAAGGAAAUGAACCCCCUCCCCACCCAGCUCUCCACAGGGGCCAUCAACUUCCUGCGCUCUCUGUUGGAGCCGGAUCCUGUGAAGAGACCCAACAUCCAGCAGGCCCUGGCGAACCGCUGGCUUAAUGAGAAUUACACCGGCAAAGUGCCCUGCAACAUCACCUACCCCAACAGGAUUUCCCUGGAAGACCUGAGCCCCAGCGUGAUCCUGCACAUGACCGAGAAGCUGGGCUACAAGAACAGCGACGUCAUCAACACCGUGCUUUCCAAUCGUGCCUGCCACAUCCUCGCCAUCUACUUCCUCCUGAACAAGAAACUCGAGCGCUACCUGUCCGGGAAAUCGGACCUUCAGGAUGGUGUCUGCUAUAAGACCCAGCUCUACCAGAUAGAAAAGUGCAAGCCCACGCCAGAGCCCUAUGAGGCCUCCCUGGACACCUGGACCCGAGAACUGGAAUUCCACACUGUGCAGGAUAAAAAGCCCAAAGAACAAGAGAAAAGAGGAGAUUUUCUUCACCGGCCGUUUUCCAAGAAGCUAGAUAAGAGCCUGUCGGGGCACAAGCAGCCCGCGGCCUCGCUCAUCUCCCAGAUCCAGAACACCAAGGCCCUGCUCAAGGAGCGGAAGGGACCUAAAGCCGGCUUCCCCGACAAAGAUCCCUUCGGCUGCCGCAGUAUCUUCCGCAAAACCUCAGACUCCAACUGCGUGGCUUCCUCUUCCAUGGAAUUCAUCGCCGUCCCGCCCCCGCGGACCCCCCGGGCCGUCAAGAAGCCCGAGUCUCCUCUGCAGGGGGGGCCCAGCAGCCCCAAGGAGGACCCCCUGCUGCUGGUACGCUCCUUCGAGUCAGUGGAGCGCGCAGAGCCGCCGGAACCCGCCUCACCGCCCGCAUCAGGGCAUCACUACCGUGCGCUGAGCUCACCAGGGGCCUGGGCCCGGGGCCCCCCCAGCGAGCGAACACUGUCCCCGGGAAGCCUCUCACCCCUGCAGCCUCCACUGCACCCCACCCUCCUCUCUUUUACCCACGAAGAGAAGCUCGGCACCCCCAAGGAGGAGGCCGCGUGUGUCCCCGCACCAGCGGGGCCCGGGGGCACCCCCGCACUGGGGCUGGGGAGCCCUAACUGCGUGAAGAGCCGGGGCAGGUUCCCCAUGAUGGGCAUCGGGCAGAUGCUGCGGAAGCGCCAUCAGAGCCUGCAGCCAGCCCUGGACCGGCCCCUGGAGGCCAGCCUGCCCCCACUGCAGCCCGUGGGCACCCCGAACCUGUCCUUCGGCCUGGCCGACGGAGUUCGAGGCCAGUGUUAACCCAGGCUGAUCUCCACCCCUCA